CGGCUGACAAAGCAUCUAUUUAAGGUUGUCCAUUUGAAGACUCUCCCCAUUUCUCAAUUUUUUUGUCCUGAAGUAGCCUACACCAUUUUCCUCUUCUGUGAGCGGACAAGCGCAAAUGUAUCGGUAAAUAUGAUGUGUUGUAUGUUUAAUAUUUGGGCAAAUAAGCAGAAUUACAUUACAGUAAAUGUAACAUCAUUUUGUGAACUUCUGGUUUAUGAUUUCAGAAACAUAAUUGCGUUGGUCGUAAUGUCACUUCCAGUGAUUCUGAGCCCUCAGGUUUUGGGGGUCGCGACAGACGGUUUGAGCAAUCUUCGUAGGUUUACUAUUACGCAUAACAUUAUUUCAAUACAACACAUUUUUAACACAAUUUAUAGUAAACUUAUAUAUUUUUUACUUUUUUAUUCAGAAGAUAUUGCAGGGAAGCUUAACUUCAUUCAGAGGGAAGGAAAUGUGACUUACGUGCGGGACAAGGAGCUGGCCUCGGAGGUUCCAACCGAGACCAAGUUCGAACUGUUCGAUCCAAGGAACACUUUACGCACCGCCAGAUUCACCUAUACCUGGGACUUCGGCAACGGGUAGGCCUGUGUGGACUUCGCCUGUUUAUCAUCGAAUAUAUGUUUUGUAGUUUUCCUUUUUAUAGUUAAGGCUAUACAUUUAAAUAUUAUGUGGUUGUUUUAUUUGUUAUUUAUUUAUUCGAUGUUGUGUGGUGCUGUUUUUUACUGUAGGGAUUACUGUUGUUUUCUAUUGUAUUGUCAGUGUUGUAUGUAUUCCAUCAGGGACCACAUAUCCCCUGGGUUGUCCCCCCCCCCAUCAAUCAAUCAAUCAAUCAAUCAAUCAAUAUUCUGGUUUUGUAAGAGAGGUCUUAAUGGGAUCAAAGCCGUCUGUGUACUAUAACUACUCCUCCUCUGGAAACUACACUCUGCGGCUGAGAGUGGUGGCCCAAAUGAACAAAAUCUCUACUCCACUAACUGGGGAAUAUAUCAUGGACGUUACAGUUUUGGGUAGGUAGACGGAAUACAACAUUUUUGUUGAUAAUUAUUUGAUUUGAAAUGGUGUGUUUUGGCAACGUUGAGAGGACAUCUCUCAUUAAUUUAGUGAAAUCCGUUUUUAAAAUCACAUUAUGUCUACCAUACAGCACUGGUCGCCAACAAUUGAGGUGUAUUGCAUAUCUCUGCUAUUUUCCAGACGCCAUCAGAAAUAUUGAGUUGAGCCCUUUGAUAUUCCAGGUUUCCAGAAACAACAGUCUGGCUGUUCAUGUGGAUGGAAGGUGCGUACAAUUUCUCAGUAGGCCCACACAAUGAACACAUACAACCUCCUAAACAUGUAUAACACAUAAAAUAAUCAGCUCAUUUAUUCUCUUUCUCUCGCAAUUCAAUUCAAUUCAAUUUAAGGGCUUUAUUGGCAUGGGAAACGUAUGUUAACAUUGCCAUAGCAAGUGAAGUAGAUAGUAAACAAAAGUGAAAUAAACAAUAAAUAUUAACAGUAAACAUUACACUCAGAGGUUUCAAAAGAAUAAAGACAUUUCAAAUGUCAUAUUCUGUCUAAAUACAGUGUUGUAACAAUGUGCAAAUAGUUAAAGUACAAAUGGGAAAAUAAAUAAACAUAAAUAUGGGUUAGAUUUACAAUGAUGUUUGUUCCUCUCCAUUUAUUCUCUCUCACUCUCUCUCUCCUCUCUCUCUCUCCUCUCUCUCGCUCGCUCUCCUCUCUUGCUCUCCCCUCUCUCUCUAUCUCCCCCCCCCCCCCCUCUCUCUCUCUCUCUCUAGUCCUCCCAUGUGGGUCUGCUGGAGGUUCCUACAGAACUGUGUAUCAGCAACCCCUACAGGCUGUCACCUGACCAUGCUGUAUGAGAACACCAUGAUACUGAACCACACCUUCACAUCUUUAGGAGUCCACUGUCUGGACAUCAGUGCCCGCAACGACAUCAGCAAACUGCAGACCUCCUACAGCAUCUUUGUGAGGAGAGAUCGUAAGUCAGGUGUUAUCAUGAGGUCUGUGGAGAUUUGGUCCACUUUAGUCACGCUAGGCUACAGUACAGUACAGUACACACUUUGUCCUCUCACUAUCAAUACAGUAUAGACUGUUUGAUAUAGUACAAAUGAUCCAUCUAUUAGUACAGUGUCGCUCAGCGGUUCUGGUAGCACAAGGACUUUUGAUGAUAAUUUACCUCUUUAGAGUUCAUGGUUCUUCCAGUAAUCUCAAAGUGAACCGAGUGAUAGUGUGUUCAGAGAAAUGAAAAGACGUCAGAGGGACAGUGGCCAGGGUUGAGGAAUACAGCUAAGGAGUUCUGGAGGAGAGCAAUUCAACGGUAGGACCCACACCCCAUACUGUAUAUGUCUCCUGUGGUGAAUUGAUUUGUGGUGGAUGGUACGAUUACAGAGGAGUUUCAGGAAGCUUGUGAACUCAUUGUAAUGCAUAAGAAAUAGAUUGUUUAAAACCAGAAGACUAAAAGAAUGAUGAAUGAUGGUUUGUGUAAAUAGGAACAUGAUUCAAUGGUGCACAAAGUUAAGACAAGAGGAGACAUGCUAAUAAUCAUGUGUGCAGACACUGGGGAGUAUGACAAUUACUAAUUGGGAGAUAAUUGUAACCAAGAACUUCUGACCAGUAUUGAAGCUUGUCUAACUGCAUCAUGUAAUACUGUAGAAAAACAGUUAUCUCUUUGUCUUCUUAUAGCCUCCAUUAACCUGCUCUUCACCCUGACGUGUGCUGGGAUCAUCUUGGCAAUCCUCGCCUUCAUCACUGUUAUAGCCUGUCGCACUAAGAAUGGACACAACAACAAAUCACAGGUUGGAGACUGACAGAGAGACUUGUUGAAGAAUGUUAGGCCCUGUUUCAAUACUCCUCCCAAAGAUAGGAGGCUAUUCUACAAUGUGUCCACAAGGGGGUGAUAUAUACCUAACAAAUUGACUAACGAUCAACUCCAAAAAUUGUCCGUAGCUGUAGAAAGCACUGUCAAGCGGUGUUGUAGUACUGGAGUACAGGAUUCAGUUUUGAUUCAGACUCAAGUCACGAUUCUCAUGACUCGUGACUCGGACUCGAUCAGUAUUGACUCGGACUUGGACUCGACCAGUAGUUGAGUUGUCAGAAAAUCUCUCUCUUUUGCAUAAUUCAACAUACUAGCUACAACAGCAAAUGUUAGAAAAAUAGCUAUAUUAUCUAAUCAGCCUUACAAAAGUGCAAACAUUGUAAUGAAAGCUAUCUUAAAAAACGGUUGGACCACAGCUUUUAGCACUACCAAGGGACUCGUGACUUGAGUAUAAAGGACUCAGACUUGGAUCCGGACUCAAGGUUUACUGGAAUCUACAUCACUGCUGUCAAGUGAUGGGAAUUUGCACAGUGCAUUUGUUCUUGUUCAAUAUGGAAUUACUAAGAAAUGUUCAGACAAUGUAGCCCUAUAAACACCAAAAAACACUUGUGUGUCAGUGUAAAUGUUUAUAUUUGUUUGUAUAUUUAUUAUUUUACAGAUAUCUAAGUCCAGUAACGCCACUUACUCCAGCAUGGACAUGGAACUACAGCCGCAACAGGACAUCCCUGGUAUCACUAGUGAUAUCUAUGUGUCCAGGCCAAAGAAAGGAGAGGUCCAACCCCUUCUGCAGCACGGGACCAGAUCUGUCGCCUACUCCUGCCGCAUCUAGUCUUCAUUUACACACUUUUGAUUUGGGCUUUGUGUUGGACUGAUUCAAGUCAAAUGUUAAUAGUUUGCUAAAAAUGUAUGGUUUGAGAUGAAUAUAUGUCACCAGUAACAUUGAAUUAUUAAUUGUCAGUGAUGUAAUAGUGAUGUAGCUUACAUUCCUCUGUCUGUGUGGAUUCUAUACUUACACUAUUUUGCCUUUGAUGAUCCCAUCCUCAGACCCAGCGAAAAGACUGACCUCGAAAACUAAAUAUCCAUCCAAGGGGUUUUAGAGCAGUGGUUCCCACUAUGAUGA